AUGGUUCAUCAAGCCAUAGCCAUUCAGGGUAUUCACACCUUACCACUGGUAUUUUCAAUGUUCCAGGAUCAUAUCGACCCUUUUAAGCAUUUAAAAUCUCCUAAUGCUGUUGAGAUUACCAGAUUGCGUGAUCUAGUGGACUAUGUCAACAGAGAAAUCAAAGACAACGAAGUUUUUCCAACUUCUUCUAUGAAGUCAACCGAUUUCUUUGCAGUCAGACAUACCUACAAAAAGAAGAGUCCAUAUUUUUGUCCCCAAUGUAAAUGUACAUCGUGUGAACAAAAUAAAAACUCACCCUCCGGUCGACAAGGCUAUUGUACUAGAUGUGACUACGGGAACUGCUCUCGUCAAAAGAAAAGCUAUUUUGCUAAGAAAGAGAAAACUAAUUACUCUGUGAACAAAAUAGGCAUUGAGGUCCCUUCAACAACAGAGACCGAAAAAGACUCUGACAACGAGCCAGAACAUGAUUCUGAUUUUGACCAAAACGCACAAUUCAAUUUUGAUCAAUUCCUCAACGAAGAUUUGAAUGAAAUAAACGACUUACCGGCAUCUGCCUUCCAGGACGAUGAACAUCCAGAAGUCUACUUCAAUCAAGUUGCAGCGAGGCACCGCUGA